AGAUUGACUACAUCCCUGCACGUAUUGUGUGGUGAGAAUCGGGAACAAAUUUCUUGCAGAAAGGCGGCAAGUGUAAAGAGAUUUCUUGUGUACAGACACUGCGAUGACCUAGUGUCGCACAACGUGCAUUCGGAGGGAUCACUCGGCCAUGGAUCAUCUGAGAGCUUAUGCUGAUGCUUUGGAGAAAGAGCUGUCACAGGAAGUUUCCCUUGGGACAACCAUCAUGGCAGCCACUUUUGAUGGGGGAGUGGUGCUUGGAGCGGAUUCCCGAACAUCCACAGGGAACUAUAUUGCCAACAGAGUCACAGACAAAGUAACUCAGCUCACAGACAGGGUGUAUGUGUGUCGAUCGGGGUCAGCAGCUGACACGCAAGCAAUAUCUUCCUAUGUACAAUACUACUUGCACCAGCAUCAAAUGGAGCUGAACGAUGAGAUCUUAGUGAAGACUGCAGCAACUCUGGCAACAAAACUGGUGUACUCAAACAAGGAGAUGCUGCAGGCAGGGUUGAUAGUGGCAGGGUAUGACUCGAGGGAAGGCGGGCAGGUCUAUGCUUUGCCGCUCGGAGGGACCUUGGUGAAGGUUCCAUUCUCAAUAGGCGGGUCAGGCUCCGCGUACAUCUAUGGCUUCUGCGACAAGAACUGGCGGCCGGGCAUGAGCGAGGAGGACUGCCAGGCCUUUGUGGUCAAGGCAGUCGGCCUGGCACUAGCGCGCGACGGCUCCUCUGGCGGCUGCAUCCGCACAGUUGUCAUCACCAAGGACGGCGUCCGUCGCAGCUUCCUCCCCAACAACAAGAUACCUCCUGCCUAUGGCAACCUUAGCUUUCAAGGAAGCACAGCAAUGCCGGUGGACACCGCAUAGGCGCUCUGCUUCAGCGCAGCUGAUGUCAGGGCUAAGGCUAAAGUGAGCUUGUCCAUGCGCUAGGAAAGAAGAUAUGCAGGUUGAGAGACCACCAGAAAUUUUCACUUGUUGGAUGUUCAAUGUUGCAUGCACUAUCAAUGACCACACUGUUGUAUUAGCCAUUUUGUGAGAUAGCAGCCUGCAGAAACGACCAUUUAUCUGUCCUGAGGAUGUUCUGGAACUUCAAAUUGCGCAGGUCUGUAAAACUACUAUCUGAAGAC